UUUCCGUGGAGACAGCAGAGCCUGCGGAAGGCGGCGGCGGCACCUGCGAGUGGAGGCUGGGGCAGGGCAUGGUCGCGCUCGCCGUACUGUGAGAGCGGAGCGGCCGCUGGGUCCGCCAUGCGCCGACGGCGCUGACAUGGGCGCCAGCGGCUCCAAAGCCCGGGGCCUCUGGCCCUUUGCCUCCGCUACGGGGGGCGGCGGCCCUGAGGCGGCAGGCGCUGAGCAAUCUUUGGUGCGGUCUCGAGCCCGAGCGGUGCCCCCCUUCGUAUUCACGCGCCGUGGCUCCAUGUUCUAUGAUGAAGACGGGGAUCUGGCUCACGAGUUCUAUGAGGAGACAAUCGUCACCAAGAAUGGGCAGAAGCGAGCCAAGCUGAGGCGGGUACAUAAGAAUCUGAUUCCUCAGGGCAUCGUGAAGCUGGAUCCCCCCCGAAUCCACGUGGAUUUCCCCGUGAUCCUCUAUGAAGUGUGAGCCUGUGGCAUGGCAGACACAAGCACCCACUGCCCCAGGAGUCCAGGCUGGUGCCACAACCCUGAAUAAACUCAACUCCAUUGGCCCAGAACCUUCAGUUGUUAAGGGGCAGUCCCUCAGUGUUAACUGGUAUUGGUUUAUGUCUGAACAGUAAGUGGUUGGUGGCUGGUGGGGGCCAAUGGCAGAAUUACCAGCCCAUCUUCCCCAGCCGCUUCUUCAAGAAGCAUGGCAGGACACAUGCUGGUCAGGAAUGCCUGGUUCCUAGUUCCUUGCCUGACCUGCUUUCUUCCAAGCUUGCCUAGGGCCCAGCACUUUAUAAGCAGAGUCUGCCUUCUUCCGGCCCCUGGGCUGUGGGGGCUGGACCCGUGUCCGGCCCCUGGGCUGUGGGGGCUGGACCCGCGUGGGAGCGACCUUCCCCUCACUUCCCUUCCCUUAGUCAGAGCAUUCAGCCGUUUGCUACCUCGAUUCCUCCUGUGUCGGACAGAGACUGGGGAUAGUGCUAGCCUCGUUCUUCCUGCCUCCCUGCCACUCGUUCCCGCUCUAAGAUGGACUGUUUGCUGGCCGUUAAGUAAGAAUGGGGACUAGUGUGGGAGGCUCCUUUCACCCAGGGCUGGACUGAUCUCUCUUGAUUCCUCCCAGGUGCCCUCCCCCAAGUUGAAAGGGUGCAGGCCGGGGUCAGGACAGGCUACGGAUGCCUGUGCCUGUGGGGACUUGCCCCGAACCACGUAUUCUGUCUAAUCUCCCUUGUCUUUGCGCCAGCAGUCCCACCCAUCCCCAACUGUCGGGGAGGGGCUGUUCACCACCCAGUGGUAAGAAGCAGCCAGUAGCUAUGAGGAGCCCAUCACCCCUUCUCCUAUAGUAUCUUCACUACUUCAGGGUCAGUUAAGGGAAAAUACUGGAGCUCCUUGGUAAGGAUCAAAAGAAGGGAAAAACACAUAAAAGAAGUAAUUCAAAUGUGAAGGUUUGUAAAUAGACUAUGAUGAUGUUGGGGCAGAGUUUGAUUAUUAUAUAGAGAUGGCUUUUAAAAAAAAAUCAUUGUAGAAGCUCUGGGCGUCUAUAGUAUGGGAAAUGGCUUGGGGAGGGUGGUCCCCAGCAUAGGAAGACUGUUGUGUUAUUUGUUCAAUUUCAAUAAAAUUAUUUGUAGACCCUGCA